CUGAAUAAUCCUCAACUUAUAUUGAGAAUCAGAAAUUAGAUCUAGGGGGAUGAACUUUAGAGAGAGCAGCCAUGGCAAGUUGUAAUACCAUGAAAUUAGCUCUCAAAUCCAACAUAGUAACAAUUCUAAUCCUUUUCAUUUGUGUAUUUUCAUUGUUUUUCUCUCAAGUUGUUAACGGUCAUGGAGGUUCUCAUGAUGAAGAUGAAGAACAUGUUGACGAUGUCGGGACGCACUCUGACGUGCAUUCCAAGGGGUUAAUUCUUGUGAAAAUUUAUUGUCUUAUAAUAUUGUUGGUGUCCACUUUUGUUUGUGGAGUAUCCCCGUAUUACUUGCGGUGGAAUGAAACUUUUCUACUGUUAGGAACUCAAUUUGCUGGUGGGAUUUUUCUGGCGACUUCUCUAUUGCAUUUCUUAAGUGAUUCGAAUGAAACUUUUGAGGAUCUCACCGAAAAUCACUAUCCUUUUGCUUACAUGCUUGCUUCAUUUGGUUAUAUCUUUACUAUGUUGGGUGAUUGCAUAAUUUUAUAUGUCACACAACGCUCUCGUAGUAGUAGAGAUGCUAAAAUUGAAGUUGAUGUAGAAGAACAAGAGAGGAAUAGGAUUGCGCCGUCAGCUCAUCUUCAACCAGCAGAAGUUUUAUUGAGGAGUUCAUCAUUUAGCGAUACUGUGCUUCUGAUUGCUGCACUUUGUUUUCAUUCUGUGUUCGAGGGCAUAGCCAUUGGAGUUGCAGAUAAUAAAGCAGAUGCGUGGAGAAGCUUGUGGACUAUAUCACUUCACAAGGUAUUUGCUGCCGUUGCCAUGGGAAUUGCACUGCUCAGGUUGUUACCAGACAGGCCGUUCCUCGCAACAAUUGCUUACUCAUUUGCAUUCGCUAUUUCAAGUCCAAUUGGUGUAGGCAUAGGGAUUGGUAUUGAUGCCACUACACAGGGAAAAGUAGCUGAUUGGAUCUAUGCCAUUUCAAUGGGUUUUGCAACUGGAAUUUUCAUCUAUGUGGCCAUUCAUCAUCUUAUUUCUAAAGGCUACAAACCAGAAAAACCUUCUUUCUUCGACACACCGUUUUUUAAGUUUGCUUCGGUGCUUAUAGGCGUGGGAGUGAUGGCAGUGGUCAUGAUCUGGGAUUAAUAUCGAUGUUGGUGAUUUAUUUGUUUUGUUGAGUAUUGAUCAACACUAACUUGAAGAAUCUCUGCAACACUUCUAAGAUUGCUCAUCUUUUGCCAACCGCACACCAGAGUAUAAAAUUAAUUUCAGUCUGCCAUCAACUGGGGAACAACAAAAGACUUACACGUAGCUUAUGAACUUUCUCGCACAACAGGCAGAGGAAAUGUGCCGGCCUGGUGAAUUUUUUUUCUUUUGCUGGUGUCUCGCAUUUAAGCAAUGUGACAACCUUAACUAAUUCACCUCUUUUGUGAAAUGUAAAACCUGGUCCUCCCAUAGAUAUCUCACUUGUUCAGUCAAACUAACACUCGGUUGUUUAAUCUGACUCGAGAUCUGAAUCUGACGUGACUGAGAUAAAUGUCAUAUCAAUGGGCACAUAUUUGAUUUGACUGAAAAUUCUACAACUCAGAAUAUACUCCCUCUGUUUCUGUAAA